AUGUGGUCCGACCACGCACCACUCAUGAUCCAACUCACAUCGCCACUACACAAACCCAAAACCACAACGUGGCGGCUCCACGAAAACCUCCUAUCCAACCCGCAGGUGACCCAAGACGUACAACAAGCCCUGACGAACUACUUCACCGAGAACUUACCACAGGACACAUCCCCCCUCUUGACAUGGGAGGCCCACAAGUGUGUGAUGAGAGGGAUUCUCAUCUCACACUCCUCUGCCCUGAAGAAGGCACGGGACCACACGAUCCGGGAACUAACUGCCAAGAUAGGGACCCUAACACAGGCCCACAAGCGAACACUAGACGACACACUUCUCGGGGAACUCACAGCAGCCCGUGAAGAACUAGCACAGACCCUGCGGCAAUCGUACAGUAGGGCCCUCCAGCGCACUAAAUCAUUCUUCUACACAGAAGGAGAUAAGUGCGGCAGGUUGCUGGCCAGAAUGAUCAACAAAAAAACGUUCCAUGACAUAUAUUGCACGCAUGCGCGACGCCGCAGGCCAACUACACCACAUGCCAGAUCAAAUCGCUACAGCUGUAACCCGCUUCUACACGGACCUUUACGCGAUUCCCCCCCACGCCCCUCGGGCGGACCCUUACGUGGGCACGACCCGCAUGAACACAUACCUCACUAA